AGUACGCUAGGCUCUGGGGGCAAAACAUCUCGGCCUUGGACCUCGGAAACUCGCUACUACCGUCAGUCAUAAGACUCCAUCUUUAACUCAUCCAAGUGAAUCUUGCCUCCUUGUCUCUUCUCCAACAACACAAUUGUUUUAACGCCUGUUCUACAAGCAAUCAAUUCUUCACCCAUAGCCUUUCUUCAAAAUGCCUCGUCAACGUCGUGGACCUGCCCCUGCGCCCUCGCGGCCCAUGGCCGCUCCCCAACGGCCGAAUGUCGCACCGCCUCAGCCUCAAGCUCGGCCUGCUAGCACUGCGGCGCACCCUCCUCCUGCUCAUGCUCCUCCAGCCCAUGCCCCUGCGCAUUCUCCGGCCCAGGCUCAGGCACCUGCUCCCGUCUCGCAGGGUCCCGGUCUCUUCGGACAGAUGGCCUCUACCGCUGCCGGUGUCGCAGUCGGUUCAUCUAUCGGCCACGCCAUUGGUGGUCUCUUCAGUGGUGGCUCAAGCAGCGCGCCUGCUGAAGCACAGGCUGCUGCCCCACCUGCGCAGGAAGCUUCCAGCCAGAGCAGCAGCUGGGGCCCUCGGGGUUGCGAUGUUGAUGCCAAAAACUUCACAAAGUGCUUGGACGAGAACCAGGGCAACAUGCAAAUUUGCAGUUGGUAUCUUGAACAAUUGAAAGCCUGCCAGUCCUUCGCUGCCAGCCAUCAAUAAGGUAGUGCUCGAGCAUUACUCAUUUGAUGGACUUUUGCCGUAAUGUCGAUUACUGGGGCUUUGUUAGGAAUGCAUAGCAAACGGCUGCAUAGUGAUCAUUCUUGUAAAAUAGCUAGAUGAGAUGGAGGGGUGCGGAACUACGGCAAUCUCUGCUCACUCCACGACAUAGAUGGGUAUUGAAACUUCUCAGCUAUCCAACAACUCUUAGAAUUGCCAUCUUGAAUUAUCUUGUUCAGAUCGCCUGAAAUUUGCGUCUAGGCGUAAUAGAGUUCAUGCUUUUGACCAUUUCCUUUCUCAUUAAUCGUCCUUCUUUUGUGGUUCGAAAUUGAGCUACAUAUCUGAGCGUCACUUCAUCUAUGAUUGUUGUCGGGAAGACGUACCUGAUUUCCAUUAUACAGUUGAGCAUCUUCGCGAUUGCUAGAUUGAGUUCUAAGCGU